UUUUUUACUCCAAUCGGUGGUGGGUUGUGUUGAUAAUUCUGAACACUUUCUCAUCGCCGUCGGUCCGUCCUGUCUGUCUGUCGUCGGUUUCCGCUACUGCAGUGCGUGUGUGCGUAUGUGUGUGUGUAUAGAGAGCUGCAGAGCAAUUGUACAAGUUUUGUACGCGAAGACGAUACCCUUCGUAUGCCCGGGAGUAGUGGUGCCUAAAACGCUAAUAAGGUUCUAAGGUUCGCCCGGACCGGUGGGGUGGUGGUUGGUUGGUUUGUGCUGUUAGUGCUGGCAAGCGAAUGUUGACCCCUUGUGCUGCUCCGUUGCACGCGACCCCACCCGAACGAGAGGCCAGAAUCGCACGCUCCCCGAGACGAAAUUUAUCAUCGCCGUAGUACACCGAAUCACAAAGAAGCGGCCAUCCACGGGAAACACCAACCCUCCCCUCCCCCUGAAGGAUGCACUUUUCCAUACCCAGCACGCAAGAGUUCGUUUCCGAUGGGAGCGGAUCAUCGUACACGGGCUUCAACAUUCACAUAAAUGGCAGUUUUCACUGUUGCCUUCGCUACAAGCAGCUACACAGCCUGCACGAGCAGCUGAAACGGUCCCUCCCGUCGAUCGCACUGCCCAGCUUUCCUCCAAAGAAACUGCUCUCCCUCACGCCGAACCAAAUCGAGCAGAGGCGGCUCAGCCUAGAGCGCUACAUACAGCUAGUGGGACAAGAUCCGGUACUAUGCCGGUCGGAGCUGUUGCGCGCAUUUCUGCUCAACGCCCAGCAGGAGUCCUCGUUCACUGAGUGCAGCGAGGUAACGCUGGACGUUUACCUCAUGAACGGGUACCGAAUAUCGGCCAGCGUCUACACCACCGACUGCACCGGGAAGGUGCUGGAGAAGGCGUGCGCCCUGAUCGAUCUGCCCAAGGAUCGGGCCUGCUACUUUGCGCUCUACCUGAUGCGCAAGGAGGCGAGCGGCGCGCUGACGAUCGUGAAGCGCCUGAUGGAGUUUGAGGCGCCGUACAUCUCGGCGAAGCGGUGGGACGACUGCAAGUUGGUGCUGCGCACCGGCUACUGGGACGCCUGCUACGAUCUCGAGCUGAUGCGUGACCGGAUCGCGCUCAAUCUGCUCUACCUGCAGGCGAUGAGCGACGUCGAGCGGGGCUGGAUCGUGACGACGCGCGACCAGAGCGAGCAGCUGACGAACAUGCAGGCCCGGGGCAGCAAGAGCGAGUAUCUGGACGUGGUGCGGAAGCUACCGCUGUACGGGUGUCUGCAGUUUCCGCGCGCCUGCGUCGACUAUCCCGAGCCGAACACGGUCGCGACCGUUGUGCUCGGCAACAAGGAGCUCAACCUGCUCACGUACGUCGGCAAGGAGAUGCAGGAAACCAAAUUCAAAGUCACGCGCAUCCGGUGCUGGCGUGUCACCCCCAUUCAUAUUAAUGAGGACAAUCAAUCCUCCACCGGUGGUGGGUACGGUCGACAGCAGCAAUCAUCGUCGCACCAGCAACAACAAUCAUCAUCAUCGUCCACGAUCAGCCUGGAGCUUUCGUUCGAGUACUUGAUGGCGAAGAACCAGCUCAAGUGGAUCACUAUCUACAGCGAACAGUCGAUGCUUAUGUCCGUGUGCCUUCAGUCGAUCGUCGACGAGCUGCUCAACCAGAAGAAUGGGUCCGAUCCCGCACACCUGCAGAAUCCACAGCAUGUGGAGUAUGCACCACUCUCCUACAUUCGGCGGGAUGGAUCGAACCACUGCAUUACCGACUCUAGUUCAACCGAUACUCUCUGCAAUCUAGUAAAUAAUGAUAGUAGUAGCAACAACGGAACAUCGACGCAACAACACUCCACAAACAACGGGUCUUCCUUUAUCCGGCGCAAGCUGAAGGAGUUCAACACGACGGUACGCUUCAAGAACGGCAAAGACUCGGUGCAGAACGAAGCGUUCGAGUGGAUCGGCGACGACGAUCUCUAGAAGCCGGCUCGCCACCCAGAAGCACAGUGACAUUUUGAUAUCGAAUUUACUCUUUACCGAGACACACGCGGUGUUGUGUGCGCGCUGCUGCGUGACUGUGAGAGCUUCAGCGCCUCCUCCUUUCGGUUCCUCCGGUUUUGUUUUGUAACUCGUGCUCGUAGUAGUAUGUAAUACGGUUUAGGAUAUAUGUAGAUGGUGGUGAUUAGAUAAUCUAUCCUUCCAUUUUGCUGAACCUCUUUUUUCCUGCAUGGUUUCGCUUACAUUCUGUUUUCAAAUUGCGAAGCAAUACCGGCGACCACUAAAUUACAUUCACCAAUGGUGUUAAAGUGUAAAAAGUUGGAUCAUGUCUCUUUUUCCAAAUCGUUUAGAAAAGGGUUUUGAUUAGCAAUUGUUAGGUGUGAAACGAAAAGGUUCUCAUCAUUCUCGCGCUGCCUAUCAUUGUACGUUAGUUAUAUCUACAGGGACGUGAUAGCAGAAAGGGUUACAUGCACACAGGGUGGACCUAGUAAAUCUCCUAACACGAGCGUAUUUUGUAUUCUGUGUAACCAUGAGUAGUAGCAGGCGGCGCGACAAAUGCGCAUAAAAUAGGCACACACGGACGCUUGGUGCCGAAAUAAACAGCGAAACGAAAGCUGAUCGAGAUUGAUGAUGCUUCAUAGAUGUAA